UUGAUAUGUCUUAAGGCAUUUUUUCUACCGAGAAAAUAUGACGGAUAAAUGUUCUAAACGAUGCUGGGUUACUCUUUUAUCUGAUUUAGGCUACAAGAAUGGGUAUUUGAAUGGUGUUUUGACGUUAAACUACACCUUGACUAAAGUAAAGACCCAAUAUCCUCUUCUUGUGAUAUAUACAAGCAAGUGUCCAACUAAUGUUUUAUCUAUUUUGGAAAAAUCAGGUAUUAAGACUAAAUAUGUGGAAACGCUGCAGCCUUCAAAAACACUGGAUUAUGGUACGGAUACUAAAAGAUUUAACGAAUGUUUUAAUAAACUUCGUGCUUUUGAAUUAUUUGAAUAUGAAAGAGUAGUUUUUAUUGAUUCGGAUAUGAUUUUUAUGAAGAAUGCAGAUGAGUUGUUUGAUAUUCAUCUUGAUCGGGGGUUUAUUGCAUGUGCAUAUGCAUGUGUUUGUAACCCACGAAAAAAACCACAUUAUCCAAAAGAAUGGAUACCUUCAAAUUGUGCUUAUACGAUUCAACAGAAUUUACAAUCUGAUUCGCUGACUUCUUCUACAUAUGGUACUGAGAUGAUGAAUUCUGGACUUGUUGUUCUGAAUCCUAAUCCUGAAGAGUUCUCAAAAAUUUUUGAACAUGUUAAAAAUUACGAUAAAUAUCCUCUAUCGAUGCUUAGUUUUGCUGAGCAAAGUUUGUUAAGUUCUCUUUAUAAGGGUAAAUGGACGCCUUUGCCGUAUAUAUAUAAUGCUUUGAAAACUUUGCGAACUGUGCAUAAGGAAUUAUGGAAUAAUGAUGAUGUUAAGAUAGUACAUUAUAUUCUUAAUAAGCCUUGGCAUGAUGAGAAUAUGGGCUUAAAUUCAGAUGAUCCAACGCAUGCUUGGUGGUGGUCAUUAGAAAAAGAAAGGUUAGAAAAAGAAAUGAAUGGAGUUACAUAUAAAUAAUUUGUAUAAUUAUUUUUGAAUAAUAUGGUUGGUUAUAUAGUUUUGGG